CUCCGCCCGGGAGCGGCGGCCUCUCUGGUAGCAGAGGAGUAGUGAGCAGCGCUGGGUGAGGCAGCAGCCAACUCUGCUCCCCGCGCACUCGACUGUCCAGGCGCUCGGGACUCAGCAGCGGCGCUUCUCCGUGGGACUGCUUUCCCGCGAUGCCUGCCUAGGAGCGUGCAGCAGCGGCCUGCAUCGCCACACCCGUGGCACAGCACUCCCGGCCCAGAGCGUGGCUAUAGGCGCGCACUCCUGCUGCCCCAGCCCCCACCCCGCCCCCCGCCCUGAAAUGACUUAUUAAUCGGCGACACCACUGAAGAGACUCACUGGAGUGGAAUCCAAGUGGUAUUUGGAUUUGGAGAAGAGUUUCUUGAACAUUUGCCCAUUUCUUGUGUGUGUUUUUUGUUUUUUGUUUUUUUGGUCUUUUUGUUUUGGCUUCUUUUUUCCUCUCUCCUCCGCCUGUCAUUGGAGAUGAACACAGCUUGUUUGCAUCCCAGAAAGUAGUCGCAGCGAUUGUUGCCCCCAAAGAGACAAGCACACAUGUAGGAAUGACAAAGGCUUGCAAAGGAGAGAGCGCAGCUCGCGGUCUGGAGAGAACACCUCGAUAAUGGAUUACUAAAUGGGAGACACGCUGCACCAGUCGGUGAAGAGCCCCGACAGCCUGCCCGUCGAUGCACCGAAAAGGGUGAAGUAGAGCAAUAAAGUCUCCCCGCUGAACUACUAUGAGGUCAGAAGCCUUGCUACUAUAUUUCACACUGCUACACUUUGCUGGGGCUGGUUUCCCAGAAGAUUCUGAGCCAAUCAGUAUUUCGCAUGGCAACUAUACAAAACAGUAUCCGGUGUUUGUGGGCCACAAGCCAGGACGGAACACCACACAGAGGCACAGGCUGGACAUCCAGAUGAUUAUGAUCAUGAAUAAAACCCUCUACAUUGCUGCUAGGGACCAUAUUUAUACUGUUGAUGUAGACACAACACAUGCAGAAGAAAUUUAUUGUAGCAAAAAACUGACAUGGAAAUCUAGACAGGCUGAUGUAGACACGUGCAGAAUGAAGGGAAAACAUAAGGAUGAGUGUCACAACUUUAUUAAAGUCCUUCUAAAGAAAAAUGAUGAUACAUUGUUUGUUUGUGGAACUAAUGCCUUCAACCCUUCCUGCAGAAACUAUAAGAUGGAUUCUUUGGAACCUUUGGGGGAUGAAUUUAGUGGAAUGGCCAGAUGCCCUUAUGAUGCCAAACAUGCCAACGUUGCACUGUUUGCAGAUGGAAAGCUGUAUUCAGCCACAGUAACUGACUUCCUCGCCAUCGACGCAGUCAUUUAUCGGAGUCUAGGAGACAGCCCAACUCUACGAACCGUCAAGCACGACUCAAAAUGGUUGAAAGAACCAUAUUUUGUCCAAGCGGUGGAUUAUGGAGACUACAUCUACUUCUUCUUUAGGGAAAUAGCAGUGGAGUACAACACCAUGGGAAAGGUAGUUUUCCCAAGAGUGGCUCAGGUUUGCAAGAAUGACAUGGGAGGGUCUCAAAGAGUCCUGGAGAAGCAGUGGACAUCUUUUCUAAAGGCUCGUCUGAACUGCUCAGUUCCUGGAGAUUCUCACUUUUAUUUCAAUAUACUCCAGGCAGUUACAGAUGUGAUUCGUAUUAAUGGCCGUGAUGUUGUCCUGGCAACCUUUUCCACACCUUAUAACAGCAUCCCUGGAUCUGCAGUCUGUGCCUAUGACAUGCUUGAUAUUGCCAAUGUGUUUACUGGGAGAUUCAAGGAACAGAAGUCUCCGGAUGCCACGUGGACACCAGUUCCUGAUGAACGAGUGCCUAAACCCAGGCCAGGAUGCUGUGCUGGCUCAUCCUCCUUAGAAAAAUAUGCAACCUCCAAUGAGUUUCCUGAUGAUACCCUCAACUUCAUCAAGACGCACCCCCUCAUGGAUGAGGCAGUGCCUUCCAUUAUCAAUAGGCCAUGGUUCUUGAGGACAAUGGUCAGAUACCGCUUGACCAAAAUUGCCGUGGACUCUGCUGCUGGGCCCUAUCAGAAUCACACUGUGGUAUUCUUGGGAUCAGAGAAGGGAAUCAUCUUGAAGUUCUUGGCCAGGAUAGGAAGUAGUGGUUUCCUAAAUGACAGCCUUUUUCUGGAGGAGAUGAGCGUUUAUAACCCUGAAAAGUGCAGCUAUGAUGGAGUAGAAGACAAGAGGAUUAUGGGAAUGCAGCUAGACAAAGCAAGCAGUUCUCUGUAUGUUGCAUUCUCCACCUGUGUGAUUAAGGUUCCCCUCGGCCGGUGUGAACGUCACGGGAAGUGUAAAAAAACCUGCAUCGCCUCCAGAGACCCAUAUUGUGGGUGGAUAAAGGAAGGCGGUUCCUGUGCACAUUUGCCACCAAGCAGCAGACUGACUUUUGAGCAAGACAUAGAACGUGGCAAUACAGAUGGUCUGGGAGACUGUCGUAAUUCCUUCGUGGCCCUGAAUGGGCAUUCCAGUUCCCUCUUGCCCAGCACCACCACGUCAGACUCCACGGCUCAAGAGGGGUAUGAGUCUAGGGAAGGAAUGCUGGACUGGAAGGAUCUGCUCAAUUCACCUGACAGCACAGACCCUUUGGGGGCAGUGUCUUCCCAUAAUCACCAAGACAAGAAGGGAGUGAUUCGGGAAAGUUACCUCAAAGGCCAUGAUCAGCUGGUUCCCGUCACGCUCUUGGCCAUUGCGGUCAUUCUGGCUUUCGUCAUGGGAGCCGUCUUCUCGGGCAUCAUCGUCUAUUGCAUCUGUGAUCACCGGCGCAAAGACGUGACUGUGGUGCAGCGCAAGGAGAAGGAGCUCACCCACUCGCGACGGGGCUCCAUGAGCAGCGUGACCAAGCUCAGUGGCCUCUUUGGAGACACUCAGUCCAAAGACCCGAAGCCAGAGGCCAUCCUCACACCACUCAUGCACAACGGCAAGCUCGCCACUCCCAGCAACACAGCCAAGAUGCUCAUUAAGGCUGACCAACAUCACUUGGACCUGGCAGCCUUGCCUACCCCAGAGUCUACUCCAACACUGCAGCAAAAGCGGAAGCCCAGCCGAGGCAGCCGCGAGUGGGAAAGGAACCAGAACCUCAUCAAUGCCUGCACAAAGGACAUGCCCCCUAUGGCCUCCCCUGUGAUUCCCACGGACCUGCCCCUCCGGGCUUCCCCCAGUCACAUCCCCAGUGUCGUGGUCCUACCUAUCACACAGCAGGGCUACCAGCAUGAGUAUGUGGACCAGCCCAAAAUGAGCGACGUGGCCCAGAUGGCCUUGGAGGACCAGGCCGCCACCCUGGAGUAUAAGACCAUCAAGGAGCAUCUCAGCAGCAAGAGUCCCAACCAUGGGGUGAACCUCGUGGAGAACCUGGACAGCCUGCCCCCCAAAGUCCCACAGCGGGAAGCCUCCCUGGGACCUCCAGGAGCCCCCCUGUCUCAGAAUGGCCUGAGCAAGCGGCUAGAAAUGCACCACUCCUCCUCCUACGGGGUUGACUAUAAGAGGAGCUACCCCACGAACUCACUCACAAGAAGCCACCAGGCCACCACUCUCAAAAGAAACAAUACUAACUCCUCCAAUUCCUCCCACCUCUCCAGAAACCAGAGCUUUGGCAGGGGAGACAACCCACCGCCCGCCCCUCAGAGGGUGGACUCUAUCCAGGUGCACAGUGCCCAGCCGCCGGUACAGGCCGUGACUGUUUCUAGGCAGCCCAGCCUCAAUGCCUACAACUCACUGACGCGGUCAGGGCUGAAGCGCACUCCCUCCCUAAAGCCGGACGUACCUCCCAAACCUUCCUUUGCUCCCCUUUCCACAUCCAUGAAGCCCAAUGACGCGUGUACAUAAUCCCAGGGGGAGGGGGUCAGAUGUCGAACCAGCAGGAUAGGAGAGGCGACCGCUCAGCUCCGAAAGGUUCUCAACUGCCUCAGAGUACCCACCAGACCAAGAUGGCCCACUGCAGAGCUGAGGACACUGGGUCCUCCUCUCUGGGACACAGGGAUACUCCAUCAAAAAAAUGGGCAACUGGUUUGGUGAAGCUUUGCAACUGUGGAACUCACCUCCAUUCUCUUCCUUCACUUUCCCUCACACCCUGUAACAGGUUGGACUCACAAAAGACUUAAAUUAUCAUCACAAACAUGAGCCAAAAGCACAUAUCCACUCAUGCACACACACCCCACAUAUACACACAAAACACACAUCCACAGAGGUGAACAAGCAACUAUAACAUUUUGUCCAUGACUGCAUGGGAUGUUGCCAAACUGGGCUAGCGUUCCAACUUACAAAACACAGAUGCAUUUUUUUUAAUUAUGAAAAUUAAAAAGACAAAAAAAAUAAAGAAAUCCUUGAUAAUUCUAACUCAGACUUUUAACAAUGGCAGAAGUUUACUAUGCGCAGAUACUGUGAAAUGCCCACCAGUGUUACAGCUUUCUGUUAUAGCAGAUUAAUGCCAUGUUGGGCAACUAUGUCAUAGAUUUCUGCUCCUCUUCUCUUUUAAUGAAUAACGUGACCGUUAACGCAAGUAACUCUUUAUUUAUUGUUCACCCUUUUUUCCUUAAGGAAAGGACUCUUCCACAUAUCAUCCUAUGAACAGCUCUUCAAAAAGUCCAUUGAAAGUUAAACUAUUUAACGUGAAAUCCAUUAACUGGAAUAAUUGAGUUUCUUUAUUUUUACAAUAAAUUCACUGAGUAAAUAAGUUGGAGCUGGAAUUCUGAGCUUUGUGUUUGAACUGUCUGAUCUGUAGCUGGAGGAAAGAGUUAAGAGGGGAAUAUUUAUUUAAAUCUAUCACUUAAUUUGCUGGUCUGGUCUCUGGCCUAUACAUGCAAAAAAUAAUUCAUUUAAAAGUCCUUCCAGAUCCUAACUCCUAGGAGCGAAACUUUUAGAAUGGCACGUCCGUCAUGUCCCAUUGCUGCCAACGUGGCUUUAUCGGUGGUUAUCACUGACGGUGAAGGCACCAGCUUGUGAUCUGCCAUCUCAUUUCGCCUUGCAUGUGAGACAGCAGACAAAAUCCACAAACGGUGUGAACUCAUUCAUAUGCUGGCUGCUACCUUGCAUAAGUUAAUGGUUUUAAUCACACUUUUCAUGGGGUUACAUCUGUGAAUAGCCUGUUUUCCACAUGUAAAUUUGUGCCUUACACCUCGAGUUGUGUACACUUGUAAAAUGUUGGUAUGAUAAACUUUCCCCCCUUUUGAAAUAAAUGCAGAUAUUUAUUUAACCCUCCCUCCCCCCACCUCUACUCCAGCCCUCUGGGAGAUUGGAGUCAAGCAGAUGGAAGAAGAAUGCAGUGGUGAUGGUUAUAAUCCCAUGGCCCAGGAAAGUUGGGCCACACCACAUCCUCCAAUUCACACUUCAUUCUAGUUGUGCCAAUUCAAACCACCCUUAGGCCAUGCUGCUGCUGAGCAUGGACCCCAGUAUUGUGGGUGGCAAACCCCUUUCUUCCUCCAGAGCUCCCUACUUCUCUUGUAUCUCAGAUCAUUUCAAUAUGGUGAUAUCCUCAUUAGCCAGCAGGAAAGGGACUAAAGUCCUAGUCUUCAUUUCUGCUGUGUCUACUUGCUGGAGAACACAACUGUGUGCGGUCGGGCAGGCACCUGGGAGAGGUCUCCAUGGCAUGUGCUCAGCACACACAUGGCAGUGCACACAAAGCAAGGACAUGAAAAAAGAUGCAGACAGGCUGGUCCCUGCUGUGAUUAAUGAGUAACUCAAAAGUACAAGGCCAACCACAAUGGAUGCUGCAAAACGUUGACUAGAGCAAGAUUUUUUUAAUGUUUUGUUUUGUUUUUUUAAUUUAUCUUUCUGUUAUUGUUUGUAGAAGUAUAGAAGGGGGAGGUGUGUUUUCCUCCCCCCUUGGUUUUCAUUUGCUCAAACACAGAAUAAGGGACUUUUGUUUACAAUAUUCUGAACAAAAGAAUUGUCAACAUACUGUAAAACUUGAGCACUGUUGGUUGUUAUUGUUUUGUUAAAAGAGCUAAAUCGUUUAUUUGGUGGUCUCUUUGUCUCUUCUUUUCAGCUUGGUCUUCUGGGUUUAGUUUUUUUCUUAAUAAAAAAAAAAAUUGCAAAAAGAUAAAAGACUGACAAGGACAGUUUUGAGUUGGCUAGUGAGAAAGUGGUGGUUGCUUUGAAUGUGUAGUAAGGGUGAGUACAAAGUUCUUGAUUCCAAACAUCUGUUGUGAUUGUGCCGUUGUUCAGGGUAAGGUUUUAACUUGUUGUUGUUAUUGUUAUGUUCGGUUUGUUUGGGUUUGGUUUGGGGUUUUUUAGUGAACUCAUUGGCCACAUCCUAUACACACUAUCUAUACCCUGAAACUAUGAAGUCUUUUCUAGAAACUGCGAUCUUGUUUUUUCCCCUGGAUUUUCUCUAGAAAUGCAGAUAUUAGGAAGGUUAUGAAUAUAUGCUACAUUCUCUUCAUGCUUGACUCCUUAGAGUAUUGAAGGUGCGGUGCCCACCAGACGGUAGAGCCGUGAGUUUGUCCUGGUGUGUGUGGACGUCAUUGCCUCAGCCGUUGUUGUCAAUCUGUGUCAAAACUGACCUUCCACAUCCCUGCAUCCCAUAGACCAUCACUUCUUAGUGUUAACCCUAAAAUGCCCUCAUGUAUUGAGCAGGUCUUCUGCAUUUAAGUAUUUUUCUCCCUGUCGUUUUUGUUGGUUUUUUUGCCCCACUGUGUGUGGGGGGAGGGUCCAUAAACCUGAGUGUGCCUUUGCUUUCCACCCCUGCUAGCCACUGGUAGAUGCAUUCAACUCAGAUUAUAUUUGUUGUAAAGUUGUAAAAAAAAUGUUGUGAUGUCACCAAUUUCCCUUCCAUCUCCACAUCCCCUAACAUUUGAUUCACAACUUAAUGUAUGUUAUAAAAAAGAGAAAAAGAUAAGAAAAAAGGGGGAAAUGAAAGAAAAAAAAAAAGGCAAGGAAAAGGCUCUUUAUUACUUGAAAGUAAUAAAACCAGACUGUUCUACAUUA